CGCUGGAAAGGCAACAUGGGGAACGCGUCCGUUUGUUUGCUGUGUCCUGCCCUCUCAGCAGGUGCCGGGGAGGCGGAGGGAGCAGCGCCCUGCGGCCGAGCGGCCAGGCCACGAGGUGCUGCGUGGUUCCGAGCCUGGACGCGGCUGGUGCUGGUCCCCUCAUCGGACUACCUGUUACCCCCGAGGGGUUCAGGCCCCUCUUUUAACCCCGGAAAGCAAACCUGUGCCCACAUCCGUGUUCAAAAGCGUGAGGACCAAGAUGAUUUGCAUUACCAGGAUACUGACUCGGAUGUGUCAGAACAGCGGGACAGCAGGUGCAAAGUCAAAUGGACGCAAGAGGAGGAUGAGCAGCUGAAGAUGCUAGUGAGACAUUAUGGGCAGAAUGACUGGAAGUUCCUGGCCAGUCACUUUCCUAAUCACAGCGAUCAGCAGUGUCAGUACCGGUGGCUGAGGGUGUUGAAUCCAGACUUGGUUAAGGGCCCUUGGACCAAAGAGGAAGACCAAAAGGUAAUUGAAUUGGUUAAAAAAUAUGGCACCAAGCAAUGGACUCUGAUAGCCAAGCACCUGAAAGGGCGGUUAGGAAAGCAGUGCCGGGAACGCUGGCAUAACCACCUGAACCCAGAGGUGAAGAAGUCCUCGUGGACAGAGGAAGAGGAUCGCAUCAUUUUUGAGGCCCACAAGGUCCUGGGGAAUCGCUGGGCUGAGAUUGCCAAGCUGCUGCCUGGGAGGACUGACAAUGCUGUGAAGAACCACUGGAAUUCCACCAUCAAGCGGAAGGUGGACAUGGGAGGCUUCCUCAAUGAAGCGAAAGAGUCCAAGUCGCUGUAUUUACUAGUGGAGGUGGAUGGCAAGGAGGACCAGAGUCAAACGAGAGCAGAGUGCCAGAAUGUCCUACCAAACUGGCCAGUUGAUAUCUCUGAAAUAAAAGAAGAGGAUGCCAGUGAUGAAGAAGUGACAGGCUUGCAGGAGUUACCCUUGGAGCUGCCAGCUGCUGAACUGGCAGAGCAUAACACUGAGGGGACCCCAGACGAUGUGGUGCCUGAGGAUGCCUCAACAUAUGUCACGUCACCGUACAAAUGGGUUGUCGAAGCUGCCAACUAUUUGUGUCCGACAACGGUGCCAGCCUUUAAUGAAGCUCUGGACAUGAUAGAGUCUGACCCAGAUGGGUGGUGUGAUCUUACCCAAUUUGACCUGCCUGAGGAUCCUUCUGCUGGCAGCAGCAGUAGCAGCAACAGCCCUGUGAGGCAAACGCCCAGCAAGCCAGCUUCAUCCCUACAUAAUGUGACCGAGUACCGCCUGGACGGCCACACCAUCUCUGACCUCAGCAAGAGCAGCAAGGGAGAGCUCAUCCCUAUCUCCCCACAUGCAGAGGUGAGCUUUGGCACACCGCCCUCCGUGCUGAAGAGGCAGAAGAAGAGGAAGAUCUCCCUCUCUCCUGUUACAGAGAACACCACCAGCACCAGCCUUUCCUUCCUUGACUCCUGCAACAGCAUGACACCCAAAAGCACCCCUGUGAAGACAUUGCCUUUCUCCCCAUCCCAGUUCUUAAACUUCUGGACCAAACAGGAUACCCUGGAACUGGAGAACCCGUCUCUGACCUCCACACCUGUGUGCAGUCAAAAGGUGAUUGUCACCACCCCUCUGCACAGGGACAAGACUCCGCUGCUCCAGAAGAACUCAGCGUUUGUCACACCAGAUCAGAAGUAUGUGGUGGACAACACCCCUCAUACCCCUACACCUUUCAAAAACGCCCUGGAGAAAUAUGGACCAAUUAGACCCCUGCCCCAGACCCCUCACCUGGAAGAAGACUUGAAAGAGGUGCUCCGAAGUGAAGCUGGCAUUGAAUUGAUCAUAGAGGAUGAUGUAAAGCCUGAGAAACAGAAAAGGAAACAAGGGCUGCGCAGGAGUCCCAUCAAGAAGGUCCGAAAAUCUCUGGCCCUGGAUAUUGUGGAUGAAGAUACAAAGCAAAAUAUGCCUGCCCUCCCCAAGACAAUCUGUUUCAAGAGGGCCCAGCCAGUGAAUUUCCUGUCGAGAUCCUUGAACCUUUCCUCCUCGAGCAGGAAGAAUGACAGCGGUUUGCUCAACAGAGCCUUUGUGCAAGUGCAGCCAGAGAAAAUGUCCUACAGGAAAAUGCCAAGCCAUUUCAGACCACCAGCACCGAUGACCAGAGCUUGGAAAGCCGUGGCCUGUGGUGGAACGCGAGACCAACUCUUCAUGCAAGAGAAAGCUCGACAGUUCUUGGGCAUGUUGAAACAGAGUCACACAUCAAGGACCUUAAUCUUAUCAUGAAGGAUUGUUCUGCUUUUUUAUUUUUAUUUUUAUAAAACUUUUAUAAGUGGAGGGGAGGGAACCACACUGAAAAAAAUAUCCUCUGCAAGGCCAUAGUGUUGGAGGAUUUUUUUUUUCUCCUUUCUGUUCCCAGAUCUGAAUUUUAAUAAAUUGGGCUAACUGCUGGCUAAUAUGUGGGAUGCAAGUUUUGAAAUCUUAUGGCAAGGCAAAUAAGGGAGAGGUAGAGAGUGAACAGGGUAUUUAUCACUCUCUGCAAGAUCUAGGUUCCCCAAAAGUUGAAAUACACAGCCACGUUUCACCUUGGAAUAAUGUGUGAAAUGGAUGUUGGACACUGACCUAACAGACUGUCUGGAUUUCAUGCUGGCUGCUCUGAUCCCUUGGAAAUGGCUUUUGUUAAGAUUCCUGCACACCUCAUGUCUCCUCUCCUGGCUUUACCUGGGCGAUGGAGUGGUUCCCCCCUCGCUCUAGGAUGGGAAAGGUGUUACGCUCUGGUGGGAGAAGGGACGUGCUUCGAGGUGACCUUCGUUCGGCGCUGGUUGCUCGCUCCCUGCGAAGCUGCUUUGUACUGCUGCGCAAUGGGAGCAGCGGGCACCUCUCCCCAGGGACGUGCUCUCUCUUUAAAUAAAUGAUGGUGCUAACAACA